AUGUCAGUCGCCCUGAGGGCACGGUUCUGGGGUGUCAAGACGAGGUUUAUCUGGGGCUCGGAUCUCAUGGACAAGGUCGGCGAGCUGAUCUACCGCCGCUUCCUCCCGCUCGCGCGCUGCGCAGACAUUCUGGUUGCAACAGCGGUGAGAGACAAGAAGCCGGGGAUGCUGAAGUCCUUGACGCCGUGUCGGGGACCUCCCUUCAAGGCUGGCUUCAUAACGACACGAUGGCCCUUGCGAACCAUAGUGGUCAAAUAA